AUUCAGGCGUUUCACUUAUUCAUAACGUGCAGGGGCUCUGCCAGAGACGGAACGGGGCGCUCCGGCACUUAAGAACUACAAACCGUGACACCGUUGUGUGUUGAAGACUUUUUAUUAUUGCUGUUUCUUAAGAGAAGAAAAAAAACAAUACACAAUAAUAAACAGUAAAUAUUUUUUUUUAAAGCGAAUGUAAUCGCCAUCACGAGGAAAAGGGGGAUGCCAUUACUCGAGUAUCACGCCGAACAACAAACUUGAAAAAGAAAACGAACCAACUAAAAACAGGGAAGGUAGGCUACGGAGGUCUGAAAAGUGCUUGAGGGUGGUGACUGACCGUUCUAACCUGAACGGGCUGAUAGCCUACAUUCUACUAUAUAUUUUGUCUUUCUGUUUUGUCGGCUUCUGUUUCGCGGAGCUUGGAGGGGUUGUGGAAAGACGCUCUGCGCCGGUCGCGUGGCUUCUUUGUGUACAGCAGCUGCUCCCAAAUGCAUGGGCAAACAUUGCGGCUUGGCUCGGAUAUAACAGUCUUGAAAGAAGAGCCUGAUCACUACCAUACCUGCGUCUGAGUUUCUAACAAACUGCAAACAAGUAUCGCGCCAGCAAGAGGAUUAUCAAAACUAGACAUUUACCUACCCCCCCUUCCCCAAUCUCUCCCUCCGAACCGUCCCGACAAAAGCUUGCGAUCUCUCCGUACAAACUCGCUAUACGUGGAUUGUAAAAGGGAGAGAACAGAGUGAACCUCAAACGCAUUUAAAUUCGAGCUCAGUCCAUCAGAACGCUGCCUUAGAUUCCGAAGGAUCAUGGAUGUAAGAUUUUAUCCGUCUGCCGGUGGGACUUCUAUUCCCGGAGAGCCAUCGAACCUGGAUUUUUCCCACUGCCUGGGUUACUACAACUACAACAAGUUUGGGAACAAUAACAGCUACAUGAACAUGACGGAAGCUAAUGGGGUCCUUCUUGCAGCUGGUGAUCAGACAUUCCACACCCCCAGCCUGGGGGACGAGGAGUUUGAGAUCCCGCCCAUCACCCCUCCACCGGAGACGGAGUCGGGCCUGGGGAUUUCGGAGGUGGACUCGCCCUUCCCGGCUCACCCGGAGUCCCUGUCCUCGCAGAGGGGCCAGUUCACCCCCCAGUUCCCCCCUCAGAGUCUGGAGCUGCCCUCCAUCACCAUCUCCCGCAACCUCAUGGACCAGGAGGGGGUCGUCCGCGGCAACGGCCUGCCGGGGAACUCUGGCCAAGCCCACCAUCGCCAAUAUCAUCCCAACCCUGCUAUGGUCAUGAGAUCCAUUAUCAACAUGAGCAACCCUGCUGCCAUGAUGUCCCGAAACCAGCUGACUACAAUCAACCAAUCCCAGCUCAACGCUCAACUGGGCUUAAACAUGAGUGGGCCAAAUAUCCCUCACACCUCACCGUCACCGCCAGCCAGCAAGUCUGCCACACCUUCCCCGUCUAGCUCAAUCAACGAAGAAGACCAGGAUGAUGGCAACAGGCAGGUGAUCGGGGAGAAGCGGCCCGCUCCGGACGCCGCUAAAAAGCCCAAGACGCCCAAGAAGAAGAAGAAGAAAGACCCCAACGAGCCGCAGAAGCCCGUCUCCGCCUACGCCCUGUUCUUCAGGGACACCCAGGCCGCCAUCAAGGGCCAGAACCCCAACGCCACCUUCGGCGAGGUUUCCAAAAUAGUAGCCUCCAUGUGGGACGGCCUAGGCGAAGAACAGAAGCAGGUCUACAAGAGCAAAACAGAGGCGGCCAAAAAGGACUACCUGAAAGCCCUUGCUGCGUACCGUGCCAGUUUGGUAUCAAAGGCGGCCGCGGAGUCUGCGGAGGCCCAGACCAUGCGCUCGGUGCAGCAGACGCUGGCCUCCACCAACCUGUCGCCGUCGCUGAUCCUCAACUCGCCGCUGGGCCAGCACCCCGGCAUGUCGGCGGCGGCGGCGGCGGCGGCGGCCGCCGCGCAGGCCCUGCAGCAGGCCCUCCCGCGCGCCAUCGCCCCCAAGCCGCUGCAGAUGAGGCUGCCCGGCGGCCAGAUCGUCACCUCCGUGGCGGUGGCCAAUCAGAGCAUGGCCUCCGGCCCCGGCGGGCCCAACGCGCAGCUGAUGGGUCAGAUGGGCGGUGGGGGGGGCGGUGGCGGUGGCGGGGGUGGGAUGGGCCCGGGCGGAUCUGCCGCCGUGCAGAUGAGCCCCCCCAUGCAGCCGCCGCCGCCGUCGCAGCAGCAGCAGCAGCACCAGAUGCAGCAGCAUCUGCAGCACCACCAGAUGCAGCAGCAGCAGCUGCACCACCAGCAGAUCCAGCAGCAGAUGCAGCAGCAGCAUUUCCAGCAGCACCUCCAGCAGCAGCUGCAGCAGCACCACCUGCAGCAGCAUCAGCAGCAGCAACAGCAGCAGCAGCAGAUGCAGCAACAGCACAUGCAGCUGCAGCACAUGCAGAUGCAGCAGUUGCACCAGCAACAAAUUCAGCAGCUCCAGCAGCAGCAGCAGCAGCAGCAUCAAUCGCAGUGCUCCCCGCCCCAGCAUUCCCCGGCGACGCCCCAGUCCGUGGGGGGGUCAGCCUCAAUGGGCAGCCCCCAGCCGACCCCCCAGCAACAGCACCCGUCCCAAAUACAGGCACAUGCCCACGCCCAGGUCCUGUCCCAGGUCAGCAUCUACUGAGCCAAAAUCUAUUCAAAGAAAAAAACGAAUAUAAUAAAAAGCAUCACUCCGCGUUGCUUUUCUACGUUGCACUUAAGAAGUGUGUGAGAAUCGGUACAUUUUAAAAGGAACUGUCCACUGUUCUUGAUGAAUAUGCAGAAAGGAAUGCAUAAAGGGACACCUCUGAGAAGAAUUUUGUCUAUAAAAUAGGCUGUGUUAUGACAAACAGCAAAGACUGAAUGCCCAUUGUUUGUUUGUUUGUUUGCUGGUUUUUUUUUCCCUCUAAAUUUCUCUCAGUCUUGAACUGAACACUGAUUUAGGGCGUGUAAUUGAAAAUGGUACGCUGUAAUAUUUGCGAUGAGAUGUCCUGUUCUUGUUGAAUGGCAGAGCUUUAUUUAUGGUGGUAUUGCUUCAUUAACGGACAAAAUGAGCAGACUGGGACAGCGACACCUGAGCAUAGAAGACUUCUCUGCGGAUUUUCGUGAAGGAAACCCUUUAAACAAGAGGGUGAUGCUGAGACUCGACGAUUUACAACACUGGCAACCAGUCUCAAUUCUGAUAAAUAUGUGCAUUUCUUCAGAGGCCAGUAUAUUGUGAAAAUGUAAUAUUUUCUUCUCUUUCCCCCUCAACAUUCCAGCAGAUUAUACUGUUUUAAUUAUUGCCAAUGAGAAGGUGCAAGUUCAAUUCGUGCUGCAUUUCAAGAUGGAAGAUACCAGAGUACAGUUUAUUUACCACGUACUGUCUGACCAUCUUGAGUUGGACUGGAACUUCAGUCACAAGGGUUGUUUGAUGGAGGAACUGAUAAGGCAAAGAUUAAGGAAUAAAUUUAAAAAACCCGACUCCAUGUAAUUUCACAUCAAAACUUUAAUAAUCUGUGUGUAUGUCAGGAUGCGAGAGAAAAUCAGACCAGUUCUACUACCAGAAAAAUAUAUUUGAAAAUUGAAAAUACAUAAUGGCACUCCAAAAAAAAAAGAUCACCCUUUUGUAUUCAUGUACUAUAUUUACAGUACCUGACUUUUAAUAGACCCAUAAAUUAUGUUCCUGUUUUUUUUUUGUAUUUUGCGUUGAAAGCAAAUAUUUUAUUGUAAGUAUAAAUUACUUUCAUUUUGAUGAUUUGAAGCUUAAUGUACUUUUUAUCCAAUCCCUUGUUAUCACAGACUAUGAGAAAAAAAAGACAUAGCAGAACCAUUUUUUUUGCACUGUCAAAGCCAAUUACAAAGGUGUGGGAGUACUUUGUGCCAGCUGUAGAUAAAUCUGUAAAAAAAAAAAUAAAAAGAGGAAAAAGAUGUACAUCUUUCAUA